AUGGGUAGGCCUAAUGUACCUAUGGGCGGUAAAGUUUUUCUUUUGGGCGGAGAUUUUCGUCAGACCCUACCCGUUGUUCCUCACGGUGGAAGGGCGCAGGUCGUGUCGUCCUGCUUAAAGGCGUCGCCUUUGUGGAGGGCCAUGCGAUUUUGUUCUCUUUCUACGAAUGUUCGGGUAGGAGUUGCAGGUGACGUUGUUGGCGGAUAUGUAGGUGAUGACCGUUUUGCGGAAUGGCUUCUUCGUCUCGGAGAAGAUCGGAUCCCUCAUGAGACGUUGCCGUCGGUUCCGGGUGUACCUGAGGAUAUCAUUCGUAUUCCCGACUGUUUCGUUGUGGCCGACGUGGACGCGUUGCUCGAUUUUGUUUAUCCACAGGGUGUAUUCGAUGGAGAGGAUGUUGCUGAUCGGGUAAUUCUUUGUCCGACUAAUGCCGUCGUUAACGAUGUCAAUAAGUUGAUAGUUGGUAGGUUGCCGGGUGAGGCCGUAUCCUAUUUUAGUACGGACGUUUAUGAGGCGGCCGAGGAGGAUGACUUGCGGGUGCCUCAAGACUUACUCAAUUCUAUCACGACGACGUCCUUACCUCCGCACGAAUUAACUUUAAAAGUGGGAACGGUUGUUAUGCUUCUAAAUAAUUUAGAUAUCGAACAGGGUCUUUGUAAUGGUACUCGCUUAAUAGUUUCUACUUUGGGAGAUCACGUUUUGGAAUGUCGUAUUCUUACCGGCGAAAGAAGGGGAAGUGUCGUUUGGAUUCCCAAGGUGACGAUGAUCGGUCGCGAUAAUAUGUUACCGAAGGAAUUUAAACGAACGCAGUAUCCCAUGAGAGUGGCCUAUGCUAUGACCGUGAAUAAAUCUCAGGGUCAGACUUUUUCGAGAGUUGGUGUAUACCUUAAACGGCCAUGUUUUUCUCACGGUCAGAUGUACGUCGCCUUUUCUAGAGUCGAUUUAGAGGCGGAAGAAAAUAUACCAGUAACGUUGUUUAUACGACAGCGUCGUGUCACAAAUCCUUCCAAAGACGUUAGAAUUUCGGGAUUUCCAGCAAAAAAUUUGCUCCAAAAGAACUAA